AAGCAGCAGCAGCACGGAAAAGUUUAUCCAGUCGAACCAGCUUGUGCGCCUUUACGCACCGGUGGAACAGCAGUGAUGGGAGCUUCGCAGACGCGCGCCGCAAAUAAGUACCAGGACCUGACGGAGAAAACUGGAUUUUCAGCGGAGCAGAUCAAAAACCUUCACACAAGAUUUCAGCAGCUCAGUGGCAAUGAAGAAACAAUAAGCAGAGAAAGCCUGGAAAACAUAUCGGCCCUUUCCAACAACCCAAUCAGAAAGCAAAUCAUUGAGGCAUUCUUCGAUAAAAGGAACCAGCAUCAGAAUGAGGUGGGCACCUUCCAGGAGAUCUCCUUCGAGCAGUUCCUCAUGGUCAUGUCCCACUUCCAGCCUCCAACUUUGAAAACGACGGAGGAGGAGAAGGAGGCUAUGAGGAAAGAGAAGCUUCGCUUCCUGUUCAACAUGCACGACACAGACAACGACGGCACCAUUACUCUGGAGGAGUACAGGAAGGUAGUAGAGGAGCUUCUGUCAAAGAGCGGAGCCAUCGGCCAGGAGGCUGCCAAGGCCAUAGCAGAUGCUGCCAUGUUGGAGGUGGCGAGCACAAAUGUGCCCCACAUGGCCCCAGAUGAUUUCUAUGAAGGAAUUACAUUUGAGCAUUUUGAACAGAUUUUAAAAGGCCUGGAAAUGGAGUCGAGGAUGCACAUUCGCUUUUUGGAUGUGGACACGACGACAAUGCGCUGUGGGAAAUCAACCUCUUGAAAGAGCUGUUUUUGUAAAGAAAUGUUUAUGUUGCUGCUGUUUUUAGCAGAACCUCACCAGUCCUUAAAAGGAAUGAAACCAAAUCUCUUUUGAUAUGCACUAAUAUAUUUUUAGACGAGAGGGAACUAAUUCUAGACUGAACACUAUAAUGUAAGUACAUUUUUAUAUGAAUUAUUACGACUGUAUGCUGCUCGUGCAAUUGAAGACUUGACUAGACGCUGUCAGUUUCUUUCUAUAGUUCUUAAGCUUAAAAAAAAAAAAUCAGUUUCAGAAUGUUGUCUGCUCAGUUUUCAAUGUUUGUGAUGCUAAAAGCAGCUGGUGCCACAUAUUUCAAACAGAUUCAUUUCCCGACACCUCUUACUUCUAAUGUAACCUCCAACUAUCACUGUGUUCUCCAGUUUUUCUACAAAUUCCCAGCAUGCAAUAUGAAGGAUUCUUUGUGCUUCGGUGGAAAGGUUCACAUGUUUGAUGCAGUCGGUCAUGCUCAGUGGCUACUCUGGCACUCAUGGGUCGUCUAUCAUGGCUAACAUCCAAAAGCACAAGACUGCAUGCGCAUACCAUUCCUCUGCAGCUCCAGAAUAGUUCCACAUUUCAUUUGUGUGUAACCAGCCACUGCUGCUCCGCCAUGAAGAUCCACUAUUAUUUGAACACUAGCAAAUCAAUCAGACACUUUAGUAACUUUUCACUGAAUUACUUAAAUGAACAAAAUAAAUGUGAGACAUAAAACAAA